GGCGCGGUUUUGUCUCGGGUGAGCGAAAUCUUGGAGCUUUGUUUGUAAAGGUCUUAAAAGUGGAUGUAGUUGUUUUUCUUCGCAAAUUCACAUCAGUAUGUCGCAGGUUACGAUUACAAAUUUCUUUAGCAAACGGAAAAGACAUGUAGAUGAUAUAAAAUCUCGUUCAAAAGUUCUUGUUUUAGAACGUGAAUUGUCUGCAACAUACGCCGUAAAAACAGAACUCCUUGAGAAAACUUCUUCUCAAAGUGAUGCAUUGUUGAUUGAUUCAGAAAAAUUAAUACCUAGCCACAAAUCAAAAGAAAAAUUGCAGAGUAGUAGAGUGUUCUCAGGCAAAAAGAAAGUUCGUUUUGAUGAAUCAAAAAACACCGCCAGAGCGAAUAAUUUUCAGAAGAGAAGUGGGAGUAACUCAAAAUCACCAAAGUAUGACAUUAGAAAAUCAUUUCAAACUGUUUCGACUAAAAUUCAUUGUGGCUCGAAUGAUGGAGAUUGUAACACCGGGCUAGAAGAUAAUCAACUGGAGGAAAUUGCAGUCGCCAGUGAGGGCCCAGGAGAUGUGCCCGUGCUCUCGGAGAAUGCAGCCCUGCCAGCCGAGACGAUCUCGGGCCUUGCGCUCGGUGCUGGAGGCAGCGGGGUGGUGGGCGUGGAAGCUCGGUCUAUCCCCGGGACACCCACCGUGGACGCCGCCCAGGCGGUUCCUGUUGCCAGCGAGGUUCCUGUGCUCCCGGAGGAUGCAGUUCCGCAGAUCGAGGCAAGAUCAGGCCCUGAGCUAACUGCCGGCAGUAGCGGAGUGGAUAUGCGAGGAGGGGCCGGCCUCAUGACUCCCACCAAGAAGACUUCCCAGGCGGUGGUCGAUGAGACCCCCUGUGCCUCGCCCGUGCUGCUGGGGAACGCAGUCCCGCCAACUGGGACGAGCCCGGGUCCCCAACUUGCCGCAGGGAGUAGCGGUGCCGAGUCUAGUCUCAUGACUCCCACCAAGAAGUCUGCUCAGGAACUUUCUCUGAGCGAGAUUAAAUCCAGACUGUCGAGAAGCGAAAAACUGAAGAAAGCGAUGAACGCUUUCAGCAAAUCAUCUGCGAGAUGUGCACAGUUAGAGGCUGCGAGGAAGGCGCUGGACAAAACUAUACCUCAGCUUCAAAAUUUUGAAAAAGUUGAAGUGGAAUUUCAUACAAGCCCUCGGAAGGCCGUCCAGGGGACCCCGGAGAAGCGGGGGGUUCUCGGGAGCUCCCCGCAGAAGAGGGCCGUCCCCGGGAGCUCCCCGCAGAAGGCCCCCGGGCUGCCGCUCCCCUUCCCGUACCGCGGCCUGGCCGAGGUGUUCCGCUGCGUGGACGUGGUGGUGUCCAUGCUCUACAACCGCAGCGAGGCCGUCACGUUCAAGAAGGUGAAGGCGGCGGUUCAGGAGAUGCUGCACAGAACCUUUACAGAGCAACAUUUGGGACAGAUAAAAGCUGUUUUUCCUGAUGCCUAUAUUUUUCAUCAGGAAAAAGUAAGGAAUUUUGGGUCAACAUCAAAGGCAGAUACAUAUGAGCUCACCAUCACACCUAUUCUUUCAUCUAAAUGGAAAAAUGAUAACAGUUUGCACAUCUCAGAUGAGGACGUGCCGAAACCUGCUGACAAGGUUUUGAUGACUCCCACUUCCAUUUUGGAGCGCAAAAGAAUUUUCUACAAUAAUCUAUUGGAAAGAGUUUUCGAACAACAUGAGAAAUUCCUGUCGUCCCUGGAUCCGCCAUUGGUCGUCCCCCGGAGUGAGCUGGCCCGCUGGCACCCUCAGUUCGAGGUCGACGCCGCGGAGGAGGUCGCUCCGCAAGAGCUGCCCCAGCCCCCCAACGUCAGGAAGUUCACCUCCGCCAAAGACGUGUUGGAUCGAGCCAAGGAUCUGUUCAGCUGCAACCAGAGAAUGCAGAAUGUGCUGCUGGGAAUGAGCGGCGAUGCUUCGAAGGCGGGCGGUCAGUCUGCCGUUUCUGCGGCCAAAGACAGCUCGGUGGCCAAACCGGACUCUGCCCUGUCUUCGCCUGCUCAGUCCGCUCUGAAAGGGAUUCCAAAGUCCUUGUUGGAAAAGGUGCGGGCGAAGCAGGCGGCGAGGGCGCGCCUCGCCAUGAUGUGUCCCGCGCAGGACACGGACAGCCGGGAGCACGGGAGGCUGCCCGAGCUGGCCCGCAUCCUGCGCAACAUGUUCGUGACCGAGAGGAAGGUCGCGCUGCCCUUGGAGAGCGCCGUGCUCAAGCUGCAGAACAGCUACCGGGAGAAGCUCACGGCGCGUGAGUUGGAGCAUCACGUGAGACUGAUGGUCGGCUUGCUGCCCGGCUGGAUCAUGAUCCACACGAUCGGCGAUGCGGACUACCUGAAGCUCUCCAGACACGGCGACAUGACCAAAGUCAUACAGAAACUUGAAGCUACGGCGGCCGCAAAGAGGAACAACACUCCGCUUCUGAAACCUGCUUGAAUUUGUUUGUACAUUUUUUAGUUCUUUUGCAAACUUUUUUUUUUUUUUUAAAGCAUUUGUGUGAAAUUUUUAUACUACCUAUAUUCAAUUGUGAGUUUUUUUAAAUAUUUAUACCUUAGUAAAUAAUUUUUUAUGAAUAUACAUUUUUCUUAAUACAAUGCUAUUUCAUAUAUUUUUCGUAAUGUUUCUCUUUUUUUUCAAAUACUUUUUUUUCUGUAUUUGAGUAUUGCUAGAACCACUUUUUUUUACUGCAUUGUUUUACAAUUUACUAUGCUAAGCAUUUAUUUAUUUCUUACUCUGAAAAUGUUUACAGCAAAACUUGGAUUCAAAUGCUGCAUGAAAACUGUUUUUAGUGUCUUUAUGUUUCAAAAUACAUUCAAAAAUUUGUUCUUAAAAAACAGAACAAAAUCUUUUUAAGCUGGUAAUACAACAGUAUUCUAUAGAAAAAUGAAAAUGAAAACUAAUGGUAAAGUUUUUGCAUCUUACAGUUAUGCCCGGAAGAUUAAAAAUGACAUUACGUAUCUCUAAAGCCCAGUACACACGAGCCUUUUUCUCAUGCAAGAAUGGCACAUCUACAUCUCAAUUUGUGGCAAACUUUCAAUGUACUGAGUAUGACUUGUUUUCUAGUUAGUGCAAUAUAGGGAUGGUCCUAAGAGUGAAUUUAAUAUAUAAAUGUAUAAAGUAGGGAUGGUCCAGUCAAAUCCUCAAAUACCAUAAAAUCCCUAGUAUUCGAAGGAUUCAAUAUUCAAGGAAGAUUUGAGGAAUAAUAUUAGAGGAAAUUAAGUAAAUUAAAAACAUUCAAGAUAGAUAACCUCUGAAGUUUACUAGGUCAAUUUUUUUUCUUCAUACCUAUCAUCUUACAAUUCCCCAAGAUAUUGUACUUUUAACAUAUAAUUGUAUAAAUAAAACUUCAAUAAGUAUUGAUACUUCAAACUAGUUUGUGGAACCACCAUUUAAAGGGUAGAAUGUUUCAACACUAUAGUUAAUAUUUUUAUUUAUUGUAUAUUAUUUUAUUUGUGACCCUUGACACCUAAAUUCAUAUUCGAAGUAUUCUCUGGGAUUUGAAUUAGAGAAAAUUGGGAUUUGACCCAUCACAAGUAUAAAGUACAUGAAUAUUAGUAUUUUGACUUCCCGCUGAAAGUAAUAAACUAGUAUCGUGUGAAUUCUUUAUAUUAAUCUUUCUUGGACACUGGCUAGAAUUGGAAUUAGGGUUCACUUUCUUGUGCAUCUUUGGUGAUUUCUUUCGUGCACAAGAAAAAGGCCUAUGUGCAGGUCAAUGCGAAUGUUAUUAAAAAUGUAAUCAAUGAAAAUGAUUUAUAGCUGAUAUUCAGUUCAAUACAAAAUACUUUACUUCAAAGUAACAAAUAUUCAUUUGUAUUCAAAGUACUUAUAGUGAAGCUAUUUUAUAUAAUUGGGUCUGAAAAAUGAUGUUAGAAUUGAUUGUCUUACAAUUUAAAUGUGUAAAUCUCCGUUUCAAAUUUAAUAACGGAUCUAUUAUAAUUACACAAAGAAUUAUUUCAAUAUGUGCACAGCAUACAUCAGAAAUGCUCAAGUUAAAAGUGGUAAACAAUCUUUAAUUCAGAUAUAUUUUGGCAAGUUCGAAACACUGCAACAUGUUUGCAGCCACUGCAAAAAAAAAUUCCUAAAAAUUUGCAAUUAUACUUCUUUUAUAGUUGUGUUAAAGUAUUUAAAACUGUCAACACCAGAUAUCAUGUACAAGUAAAUAUGUUUAAAACUAUGAGGAAAAAAAACUAUGUGUUUGAAAUCAACAGUCAUUUUCAAGGUUUUUUUUUAUUAUUCCAAACGAAAAAUAAAAAAUAUGCAUUCGCACGGGCCUACCUAUUUGUACUGGGUUUUAGACUAUAUUGUACUGUGUACUUCUAACCACUGGGGUAUUUCAGGGAUUGUAGUAGAGGUGUAAAAGUAACAAAAAAAAGUGUACCCGUAUGUAUUCGUUACUAUAACAAUUGGUACUCGUUACUUCUGAUACCGCAUAACAUGCUAUGUUAUGUUACAGCAACGAAUCGAGUCGUAUUGCGUAAGCAUAUAGUAUGAUGUCGCGUAAAUAAUAAUAAAUACAAUAUAAACAAUUAACAAUAUUUGAUAAUUAACAGCUUUUUUUAACCAAGGAACAAUUAAAUCUCAUUAGAGCGGCUUUAUUAUAUCUCUUUUAAGAUAAGAACAAAAAAAACGUGAAAAUACGCGAUAAUAAAAAACAAAAACAUACAUAUUUAUAAUUUGUAAAAAAUACUUUCUUACGUUGUUUCUGUUUCAAUUUCAAACUUUGUCUACACACACAAUACCUUUAAUAAACAGUAAAAAACUUGGACAACGAAUUUCCAAAUUAUACUUUACUUAAUAAACAAACAUUGUUCUUUGUGACGUACGUUUUUAAAUUCACCGAAUAAGCGCGCGCAUGCGUAAAACAUACGAAAAAUGUGAGUAACGAAAUGCAGCCGUGUGUAACGUUUCGUUACUCGGUACUAGAUGGCGCACCCGUUACUCAGUACCGAAUACAUACGGUUUGCUACAGCUCUAGAUUGUAGUCAUACCUACAACCCUCAUCACAUGAACUGAUGUCUAAUAAAUUAUUGACUCUGUGGAAUCAGUAUAUAGAGCGAAAAUACAACUGUGUAGUUCUAGGAAAGAGAAAUGAUUGAACUUCAUGAACUUCAAUAGUUUUGACUAGACGUAAAUCUACUUAAUGUGUAAUAGAUUUAUUUUACUAAACUAAUGCAAUGAAAAAUCUUAAUCCCGCAUGUUUGGAACCAUGGUCAUGUAGGAACAAGAUUUUACAGUGGAUAACGAUAAAAUCAAAAUAACACAGUUAGCAUGUCAAUAAAAUAAUACUUUCCAGCACCAAACUGCCACUAAAAGCAUGAAUUAACUUAACAUUUUAACAAAACUUACCUUAAAAUAAUUACUCUUUUAAUAUACCUACUAUUUAUUUCAAUGAACGCAACUAAGCAGGGAAAAAAAAUUUCUUUGUUUCAUCUUAUCUCUUACGAACUCACUUUUACUUUACAGACAUUAGUACAUUUUUCUAACACACAAAUACUGGUCCAAAUAUUGUUUGUGAGGAUUAUGUUAUAUGUAUGCUUAUUACAAAUUAAUUUAAUUGUAAAAAAUUAUAUGUAUCAUAAAAUUUACAUUUGUUUUUGUGAAAUUAGUUUUAAAUAACAGUUACUGUUGAUUAAUACAGUUCCUUCAUAAAUUUUGUAAACUUAAAAACAAUAACACCAAAAUAUUCUGUUUUUGAAAUAAAAUUAGCCUUAAAAUAAAAUCAUAAAAUCUUGUUCCUACAGAUGAGCGAUGUUGUUAGAUGCUUGAACGUCAAUAUAGUUUCAAAGAAAAUGCAAAAUGUGAAAAUGUAACCAGCUAGGAAACAGGAAACACUGCCACUGAAAUGAUGACCAACAGCAACGAUAAACUCUGUGGUGUUGCAACUCGUAAGCGGCUUAAGUCAACGGCUUAAGUCAACAUUCGGAACAUCCGAAAAUAUCUGAGAUCAAGGAGCGCAAUUUUUGCUGAAUCACACCUUACGAUUCCAGAUUAAAUAUCCUUUGUUGUAUUUCAUCAUAUUCCUUUAGCUUAAUUUUGCGUUUAUUGCGUGAAGUGUGUGAACAUAAUGAAAGUAAACCGUGACAAAGGUGGUUUCUGUUGUAGAAAGAUCAUGACAGAAUCUGUUGCUAAAUUCUGGGCCGAAACUUUUGAAAUAACAAAAAUUAAACGAUUACUACUAAUUCAGUUUGAAGUCUUUUUCUUGAGCAAGAAUCAUUUCAUUUGUGGUGUUCUUAAAAGAAUUGUAUGUGUUAUGUAUAAAAAAAAUUGACAGUAUAUUUUCUAGCGGAUAAUUUACUAGAAUUUUAAAAUAGUUGCUAUAAAAAAUUGUAAAAAUUGUAUUUGGUAUUGUGAAACAUGGUUGUAUGAAUAAUAAAACAAAUUAUGUCCACCAAAUAUGGCAAGAGAUGCAUAAUGUUGCUUGUACCUCAUGUUAAAUUUUCCAAACACAAAAUUUUUGUAGUUUUUUUAUAAGAGCUGUUUAUUAAUGAAAACCGCACUGCAUGCAACAUUUAAGGUUUUAAAUUUUUUUUAUGAGAUUUCCUUCAAACAGUGUCCAAAUAAGCUAUAUUUCCUAAAUAAUGUUUAAUAAAAUAUGAGUGGCCUGAAGAUUUACUCUCAAGACAAAAAUUAUUUGCAAGUAUCUGUUUAUUUUUUGUGUGUAGUCUGUUAGGAUCAAUAAAACUCGGGAAAAAAAUAAUGAGAUGCUCAUGAUCAAUUGUGUAAUGUAAUAAGUUUGUACAAUGUAGUUUUUUAAUACAGUAUUCAAUUAACUUUGUGAUAAAAUAAUGAUAUUAAAUGAACUAAAUAUGAUGAACAGAAAUAUGUUUAAAUUGAAAUUUUUUUCUUACUCAUAGAUUUUGAUUCGCCGCUUGACUUGUGUUUGGUAGUUAUAUAUUGGUUUGUUUGGCUAUUAGUGUUAUUUUGGUUUUAUCACAAUAUGCCACAACUUCUUAUGCACAUCUCUUAACACUGCUUUUGUUUUGUGGAUAUGGACUAUAUAUAUUCAAUUCAAUUCAGCAAAAUUCAGCAAAUAACAUUUUUUGUUGCUAUUAACUUCAUAAGUCCAAUACCUUUAAACAAUGGUUUUUCCUUAAUAAUACUAAUUAAUAUGUGUAUUAUACCCUCUACUAAUACAUUCAGUUGUGUUAUAAAUAUUUAAAUAUACAUAUCUGUAAUAGCUCUGCACUCAUCUAAAAAAGAUUUUUGACUAUAGUUACCAAAAGUUUUAAUCAUUGUCACAAAAAUUUUAGGCUGAGCUCAAAAUUUUGUAUUAGAUAUGUAUAAUUUUUAGGUUCAAAAUGAUGCUUUCUAUAAAAAUAUCUUUAUGAAACAAGUACAUACUAUCUCACAAGUAUGUUCUAGUUUUGUUAAAUAGAAAAUAAUGACAUACGUACGUAGUAUAAUAAAUGU